AUUGGCUCUCGGCGGGCGCGGACAGUGUCAUGGAGGCCGCGGCGGUGACGGUCACCCGGUCGGCUACACGGCGGCGGCGGAAGCGGCAGCUGCAGGGGCUGGCGGCCCCGGAGGCGGGGACGCAGGAGGAGCAGGAGCUGCGGCCGCGGCGGCGGCGGCGGCCGGGAAGGAGCAUCAAAGAUGAUGAAGAAGAGACAGUCUUUCGAGAGGUGGUCAGUUUUUCCCCGGACCCCCUGCCAGUUAGAUAUUAUGACAAGGACACCACCAAACCUAUCAGCUUUUACUUGUCUUCGCUGGAGGAGCUCUUGGCGUGGACGCCCCGCUUGGAAGAUGGCUUUAAUGUGGCCCUGGAGCCCCUGGCGUGUCGCCAGCCCCCUCUGAGCAGCCAGAGGCCCCGGACUUUGUUGUGUCAUGACAUGAUGGGAGGGUACCUGGACGACAGGUUCAUUCAGGGCUCGGUGGCGCAGACUCCCUAUGCAUUCUACCACUGGCAGUGCAUCGACAUCUUUGUGUACUUCAGCCACCACACCGUCACCAUCCCCCCGGUGGGCUGGACCAAUGCUGCACACAGGCAUGGGGUCUGUGUGCUGGGGACUUUCAUCACGGAGUGGAAUGAAGGGGGAAGGCUCUGUGAAGCCUUCCUGGCUGGGGAUGAGCGCUCGUACCAGGCAGUGGCUGACCGGCUGGUCCAGAUCGCUCAGUUUUUUCGUUUCGAUGGCUGGCUGAUCAACAUCGAGAACUCUCUGAGUCUGGCCGCUGUGGGGAACACGCCUCCUUUCCUGCAGUACCUCACCACACAGCUGCACCGGCAGGUCCCAGGGGGCCUGGUGCUCUGGUAUGACAGUGUGGUGCAGAGUGGGCAGCUCAAAUGGCAAGACGAACUCAACCAGCACAACAGGGUCUUCUUUGAUUCCUGCGACGGCUUCUUCACUAACUAUAACUGGCGGGAGGAGCACUUGGAGCGGAUGCUGGGGCAGGCUGGGGAGCGCCGGGCUGAUGUGUACGUGGGCGUGGAUGUGUUUGCUCGGGGGAACGUGGUCGGAGGCCGAUUCGACACAGACAAGUCGUUGGAGCUGAUCCGAAAGCAUGGCUUCUCCGUGGCUUUGUUUGCCCCCGGCUGGGUGUAUGAGUGUCUGGAGAAGAAGGAUUUCUUCCAGAACCAGGACAAGUUCUGGGGCCGGCUGGAGCGUUAUCUGCCCACACAUAGCAUCUGCUCCUUGCCUUUCGUCACGUCCUUCUGCCUGGGCAUGGGUGCACGGAGGGUCUGCUAUGGCCAGGAGGAGGCAGUGGGGCCCUGGUACCACCUGAGCGCCCAGGAGAUCCAGCCCUUGUUUGGAGAACACAGGCUGGGAGGGGAUGGCCGGGGCUGGGUGAGGACGCACUGCUGCCUGGAGGAUGCCUGGCACGGAGGCAGCUCCCUGCUUGUCCGGGGUGUGAUCCCACCGGAGGUUGGAAAUGUGGCUGUGAGGUUAUUUUCGCUGCAGGCCCCAGUGCCACCCAAGAUUUACCUGUCCAUGGUGUAUAAGCUUGAGGGGCCCACGGACGUCACAGUUGCUUUGGAGCUGACCACAGGGGAUGCCGGCAGCUGCCACAUCGGUGGCAUCUCAGUGUUGAACGCAGAAACAAGCUCAAGACACAGCCUCCGACCCCUCCGGGUGCCCCCCACAAAGCUGGCCAGAUGGGUGGGCCGCUGCGGCCGGCAGCUGAGUGGGGGCUGGGUCCAGCACUGCUACGAGGUGAGCCUGCGUGGGUGCCUGCUGCUAGACCUGCUCGUUUGCUUCUCACGGCCACCAGGUAGUCGGGAGGAGGAGAGCUUCACCUGUCGGCUUGGAGAGAUCCAGGUGAUGCUUCCCAGAGGGGCUCCAGCUGGGCUGGCCGUUUGUCCAGCUGGAGUGGGGGUGGAGGGUGCCCCAGGCCGCCCCCUUCUUGGGUUCAGCGGGGAACUGGGGUGGAGGAGUCAGGGAGGGGCAAUGUGUGGGUGGGGGAGCCCUCUCCCUGCCCCCGGGUGUCCGGCCGUGCUGAGCCUUCUCUCCUGCCAGGUGGUGGAUGCUGCCAGCCUGCUGGCCCCUCUGCCCCAGGUGCAGGCCGUCACCAUCUCUCACGUCCGCUGGCAGCCGUCCGCCUCUGAGCGGGAGGGCCCCCCUGCUCUGCUCCAGCUCAGCUGCACCCUGCACUGGUCCUUCCUCCUGUCACAAGUCCGUUGCUUCCGAAUCCACUGCUGGGGAGGUACGCAUGAUGACUCUCCGGGCAGGGAGCUGCCGAGGCCAGAGAUGCCCAUGUUCCUGGGGUUGGCUUUUGCCACCCAGUACCGGAUAGUGGACCUGCUGGUGGAAGCCGCCGGGCCUGGCCAGGAUCGUCGCAUGGAGUUUCUGGUGGAGCCUAUCCCCAAGGAAGGGUUCCGGGUACCUCAGGCCGAAUGGGGCAGGGCAGUUCUGCUUUAUUCAGCCCCUGCGUGAGCGGAUGCUAAGGCCGGGUGGUCUCCCGGCCUCGGGCUGAGGCCUCUUCCCGGCUGUCUGCCCCUUGCCUGUGCUGGACCUGCUAAGUGCCCGCAGUGGCAGCGAGGUCCUGGUCCUGGGGCUGGGGCGGGAGACGCCGGGCUGAGUGCUGUGGCUUUCUGGUGGGGGGCGAUGGAAACAGGAAACCAAGCAGUGGGAUCACAGCGUUGGUCACUGCGAGGCGAGUGGCGGGCCUUCUGUUUCUGCCUUGUCCCUUCCCACGGUACAUUGUUCCCAGGUGAAAAUGAAAGGAGGGAAGGAAGUUGAGAACAGAAAAUUCCAUAAAGGAUAUUUCCUAAUAGGCUGCAAGAUGCUGAUGCUGAGAAUGAUUUUCUUUCCUGCAGAUGAAACUAUUAGAAAGGCUCUUAGAUUGUGGCACGUAGGCUUUGGAGCAGGUGCCGAGAUGUUUCUGAGAAUGAGGAUGAGCUACAGCAGCUCCUGGGGUGGGGCUGCCUGCAGGAUGGUGGGAGAGGAUGCCCUGGAGGACCCUCCUCCCAGUGUGAAAGGCCCUUUUCACUCAGGAGUGGGCAUUCUGGGCCAGCCGGCGCCGGCUUCGUGCCUCCACGUGGGCCAGCCCCAGCUGCUCCGUGUUUCCUGGCGUUGGCAAUUUACUGUGCUGCUGAGUGUGAGGUCAUCUCCGGAGCGUUUUCGGCAGCCCCUGGCUCUGCUGCGUCUUUUGCGGGCUGUGGGCCUGCAGGGAAGUGGCUCCGAGGCAGUCUGUGCUGUGGCCCUGCCUCUGCCCAGUGAGAGGCCGUGGGCUCUGGACAAGCCGCCCUUCAGGCUUGGGUAGCAGUCAGUCCAGGCAGGAAGCAGCACCUGCCCCCCACGCCAGCCCAGCCCCAGCCUGAGUGCAGGAGCUGCAGGACCCGUGGGGGCUUUUCCAGCUACUGUGUUCCUUCACGUCCUCCCUUCUCAGCCUCAUCCAAGCACCGGGAAGACCUCCAGGCUUACUCCUUGAGCAGGAGUCAGCACAGGUGCGUGGGGGCGUGAGGGAGGCAGGGUCUUCACCACAGGCGCCUUCCUCUGUCCUUCCUGCUCUUUCUUCUCACCGCCGCCUCCCCUCUGCCCAGGCCUCUGCAGCUGCACAGCCUCGGCUACACCUGGGCUGCCUGGGAGGCUUCCCGGUGUGGUGUCUGGACCCCAUGGCCUUGGGUCAUCCUGCGGCUGGUCUAGGUGGGGUCUAUUGUGGUCCUUCCACAGUGUCAAUGGCCUGAAGUCCCUUGCUUUUGGGGGGGUCUCUCACCCCCAGGUCACACAAGGCUAGUGGUAGGAGUUCCCUCUAUGUCGGGCAAUGCUGAGGGCUGGGAUGCUCUGUGACCCCAGCUGGAGCCCACACCUAAGGGCUGGCAUCCACAUCAUUUCACCCUGCGGUGAGGGGAGAGGCCACCAGGUGGCAGCACAGCCACACCCGUUCCCAUGUCCAGAAGAGGGCAAGGCUGGGUGCUCAGCGCCACUCUGAGCCGAGGCUCCUUCCAGGGGCUGAAAUCCACCUUUCUCCGUCUUCCUUGCCUGCCUGGGUACUCAUACCAAGCAGAGACUGGGAUUAGGGGUUCUGUGCUCUUGCCUAAUUAGGAACAUUCUUCCAUGUCUCUUGUGUGGUCCCAGAAGUGUUUGUCAAGGAUAUGGGGCAGGAGGUUCCCUCUGCUGAUCCCCUGCAGCCUGGAGCCACCCCAGGGACUGUCCUGGGUGGAGGGCAGGUGAACACAAGCUGCCGCCACCUGGAGCCACUCACUCGACUUUUUUUCAGCUGUGACCGUUCUCGGGAGCUCUUUGAGCCUUUCUGUCUCGUUUGGAACCGGGGGAACAAGGAAGGGGCUCCUGGCCUCUGUGUCCUCUGCAGUGGGGGUUGUUGGGGGACGCAGCAUCCACGCCUUGCUGCCCUUCUUUCAUGAAGUCUAUUUUUUAAGUGCUGGUUCCCCCGAAUAUUUUAUGCAGAGGAGGGAAAAUUUAUAGUGGCAAUUAUUUUCUCACAGUCUGGUGAGCAGGCAAUUAGGAGUAAGGGGGCCUAGUAGAGCGUGGCGUGUGGCAGAAUUGCACCGCUCCGGCUCCCCAGCCCCACCGCCACGCAGGGCUUGCGUGCGGGAAAAUUAAUAUGCCGGUGUUUAAGCCUGUGCCCCUCUGCUGGGUGUAACUGCUCUGAAAUAAAUGAUCUGACAUUGUGAAAA